GGGCACCCCUGGUUUAUGGUAACCCUAUCCUCGUCAUCAUCAUCAUCAUCGGCACUGUGGUAUUCUGGUCAGGCGGUGUCGCGGGCAGCUCUCGGUGUUCACGUGCUGCUGCUGCUGCUGUCACAGGGCGGCGAUGAGCUGGUUAAUGUUUACUCUGACCUCCAGCCGCCAAUGGCCGAGUGUUUUCACUAAACUAACCCGCUGCACUCUGUCUUCAGACAGCCGGACAGGUAAAAUGGCCGCAGACUGGCUGUCCCCGUCGGAGCGGGAGCAGUUCCUCCUGGAGCUGAAGGCCACCGGCUGGGUGGAGGUCGAUGAGCGUGACGCUCUUUACAAGGAGCUGCACUUCAAAACCUUCAACCAGGCGUUCGGCUUCAUGUGUCGAGUGGCUCUGCAGGCAGAGAAGAUGGACCAUCAUCCGGAGUGGUUCAAUGUUUAUAACAAGGUCCAGAUCACUUUAUCCACACAUGACUGUGGAGGACUGUCAAAGAAGGAUAUUCGACUGGCCAAGUUCAUUGAUAAGGUUGCUCUGUCCCUGUAGCAGAUCUUCCUUGUGGAAGCGACAUUUAUUUUCAAUAUAUUCCAAAUGUUUUGUAUUGUAUUCCCUCCAAAACAAGAGAAAUAGUUGAGCUUGUUAAUUCACACAGUUGUGCUUUUAAAAUCAUGGUUCUGGUAAAAGCAUAUUAAAAAGAGUGUAGAUCAAUUUCAUAUUCAUUUAAUGUCUGAUACGAUGUUUAAAUCAUUUAUUUAGGUGCAUUUUUACAUAUAAAAAUAUUUGUUCAAGUCAGCUUUAUUUUUAUACAGAUUGUUUCAAAGCAACUUUAUGUGGAUAAACAGGAAUGAUUUAUUGAUGCAAACAGAGUUCAAUUCUGCUGUAAAGCAGCUCUAAAAAGACAAUUCAGCUGCAGUCAGUUCAAUAACUGUGUAAAGAUCAUUGAAUAUGAAAUGAGUUCAGUUCAGCUAUAUAGAUCAGCUCUACAGAAGACAUUAUGUGGCCAGACCAGGCUUGUGACCAAAUUGAUUUGAAAUUGAUAAAUUCUUUUUUUUUUUUUAAAGGAUGUCAAGGUUAUUUCUUGUUAGACAUUUUAGCAAAUGUACUGAGAAUAAUUGAUAAUUAAGUUCAUGAUUGAAUAACAGAAUUGGUGAUUUAGUGCAAUUUAACACAGUUUAGUACUCGAUUCAUUUGUAAUUUUAACAUUUCUUUCUGUUCUGUCUGACGGAAGAUUACAUCAUUUAAACAAGACUACACUUUAAAAUCAUGAAACGAAUAAAAUUUCAUUUAACCACCAUUCAAAA